AUGGCCUGUAACAGGUGCCAGUGCAAGCAGCAGGGCCGUGUUGCCAGUGGAGUGAAGCACCCCACACCAGUCUCCACCCAGUGCCACCGCCCCGGCGCGGUGCAGUACGUGUCCCACCCCCCCUGUCCUCCCACAGGCCCCAAGCUGUGCGCCGUGAGGAAGACCAUGCAGAGCAGCCCCAAGUGCUGCCCACAGUGCUCACCACAGUGUGUGGAGACACACCUUGUGGAGGGCCACACCUCCCCCUGCAGCCCCAGGUCUCCUCAUCCCUGCGUCACGGUGUUCCCCCAGCCCCACGGGCAG